AUUUCUUUGUCAUCAAAAGUACAAAAAACAUGUACAAUGGAUUCAUGAUAAACAAACGAUUCAGUUAUACUUACUCGAAAAAAUGACUCGACUUGUUGAAUCAGAAUCAAAUAUGAGUGAUUCUUGGAAAGCUCCUACAGGCAUGGAUUAUUUAAUAUUUUCGGCUUAUACAGAUCUGAGACCAGAAGUCAUUCUCGAUAAAGUUCCCGAAGCACAAAACGAAAACACCUGGGCGAUGGUAAUUAUUUCCGUUAAAAUUUCAAUGAAAUGUUGUAAUUUAGAAUUAAUAUGUUUGUCAGUUUUUGGACAUCUGAUGCAAACGAUUCUAUAAUUUUAGAAUCUCCCGCGAUAGCUGUUGAUAUCGUAGCAGAUAUUGAAAAUUUUGGAAUGUCAUAUUCAGCAGCUUUUAUACUUUGUAAAUUAAUCAAAUCAAACGAUGAAAGUUUACCUACUCAAGUCACUUUUCUCAUGUCUGAUGAAGAGCUUUUAGAAAAAUCAGAUCCAAAAAUUAAUUUUGUCAGUAUCAAAUAUGCAACCAGAACGCUAAGUUCAUAUCAGAAACGAUUUAUGGCUGUUUGUGUUCCAAGUUUACAUCACAAUUAUGAUAAAUAUUUAAAUUUAAUUGAAUUUAUCGAAUUUUAUCGAAUGAUGGGGGUAAAUCAUUUUACCUUUUAUAAUACUUCAGUUACAAAGGAAGUGAGUUAUGUGUUAGCUUACUACAGGGACGAGGGUUUUAUAACAGUAUUGCCAUGGAAAAUCCCUCCCAAAUACGAGUUUGAAAGAGAUUUAAGGUACAAUGGAAUAUUCGCAGCACUUAAUGACUGUUUGUACAGAAGUAGUAUGAUUGAAGACUAUAAAUACAUUGCUAAUGUUGAUCUUGAUGAAUUCAUUGUACCAAGAAAAUACGAAAAUUAUCAAAGUAUGAUGAGACAAUUAGAUCCGGAAUCUGAUAAUCGGAAUGCAGUGUUUAUUUUUCGGAACAAGUUUUUCUAUUUAAUGAAUAAAGAUAAUCCUGUUCGAAUAACGCCUCAAGGUAUUUGAAAUUUUUAGAGAAACAUGAAAAAUCUUAUAAAUAUGUCGUAUUUAUUAAUUUCACUUAGAUUAUCCUAAAUUAUUACUUGAAACAAAAAUUUUGAGAUGGUCUCGUAUCAAUGAA